UAAUGUAAAGGAUAAAAUUACCACACAAAAAAAAAGACACUCAAAACCGAAUUCAAUCUGGAUUAUAAGUAGAGUGUACUAUAAAUAAUAGAGGUAUCAUCCAUCAAUUUUAUUCAUCCAUCAAAAACAAACCUACAAAUACAAGUCCUGUAAAUACAAUCCGUACACUCUAGUUUUUCUCCAAAUAAUUCGUUGUUCCUAAUAAUCAUAAUCAUGUCUUUUCAAUACGGAUCACAAUUCACAACCGUGUCUCCGUUCCCAGUCACGUAUCAACCUCCGCCAUUCACAACCGUACCUCCUUUUCUGAUCACGAAUGAACCGCUGCAGUUCACAGCCAUGCCUCCUUUCGCAUACCAAUCGCAGAUGUCGCCGCAGUUCAUCAUGAUGUCGUCCCCAUGUUUACAAUCACCGCAGCUAUUUUACGGCUAUUCAUUGCCGUCGUCAGGAGGAGACACGUGGGCAUCUGACUUUAACGAUAGGGUGUUGGAAAGGGUAACGACCUCAUCUGGUAACUACAUUGGCACUAGUGAAGACCUUCCCGUAGAGAACAUUCUCGGUUUCGUACCCGCCGAUCGAACAACGGUCGAAAAUCUUGAAGUGAAGAAAGCCGGAGAAGAGUUGGCGACACACGAUGAGGUUUGUUCAGUAUGUCUACAAGGAUGGGAGAAUGGACAAGAAGCCAAGAUUUUACCGUGCGGCCAUUAUUUUCACCCCGCCUGCGCAGACCAGUGGUUGUUGACCAAUCGUUUCUGCCCACUAUGUCGUUUUGAGUUGCCGGCAGCUGAACAGAAUGAAGAUUGCAAACUAACAGAAGAAGAAAGUUAGUUUAAUUUCAAAGACAGACAGAGAUUGAUUUACUAGUUUUGUAUGUAAAUUGUUGUUUCUUAUCUUGGUAUGUUAUGUCGAGUUCGAAUUAAGUUUGUAUAAUUCUUGAACCAAUUUUGUUUUCAAAUUAAUGAAGGCUAUUAUUUUGAAUUAUAAUGAAGGCUAUUAUUAAUCAUAU